AUGGCCAGCAUAACCACACAAACGAUAACAGAAUCCGAGACCAUCUCUUUCAAAAAUGGCCAGAUCACAGUGGAGGACAUCAUUCCAAGUCCAGCAGAGCCUGACAUCCCGCUCCCACCACCAUCAAAGAACCCCAUCGACAUCUUAGAUGUGGAUAAAGGCACACCGGAUAACCAUGUGCCUCGGGAUCCACGAUUGAUUCGGUUGACGGGAGUUCAUCCAUUCAAUGUGGAGCCCCCAUUGACAGCAUUGUAUAAAGAAGGCUUUCUCACAUCUCCGGAAUUGUUCUAUGUUCGGAACCAUGGGCCUGUGCCCCAGGUCCGUGAUGAGGAUAUCCCAGACUGGCAGAUUAGUAUAGAAGGGUUGGUUGAGAAGCCAUUAGUCCUGAACUUCCGCGAAGUCCUUCAGAAGUAUGACCAAAUCACCGCACCAAUCACGCUCGUCUGUGCAGGCAACAGACGUAAAGAGCAGAACACAGUCCGGAAGUCGAAGGGUUUCUCAUGGGGCGCGGCUGGUUUAUCGACGGCGCUAUUCACAGGACCUAUGAUGGCGGAUAUUCUGCGCAGUGCGAAGCCGCUUCGACGAGCAAAGUAUGUCUGUAUGGAGGGUGCUGAUAAGCUGCCGAAUGGAUUUUACGGAACUUCAGUCAAAUUGAACUGGGCCAUGGAUCCAAAUCGAGGAAUCAUGUUGGCUCAUAAGAUGAAUGGCGAAGACCUUCGACCAGAUCAUGGUCGACCCUUGAGGGCAGUGGUGCCUGGCCAAAUUGGAGGUCGGAGCGUGAAGUGGCUGAAGAAGCUGAUUUUGACUGAUGCCCCAAGUGAUAACUGGUAUCAUAUCAAUGAUAACCGAGUCCUCCCGACAAUGGUGACGCCGGAGAUGUCCGCCCUGGACCGCAAGUGGUGGACCGACGAGCGAUAUGCCAUUUAUGAACUCAACGUGAACGCGGUGGCUGUGUACCCACAACAUGAAGAAGAGAUCAAUUUAUCCUCAGCUGGACCCACAUAUACAGUCAAAGGAUAUGCAUACGCCGGCGGUGGCCGGAGGAUAACAAAAGUUGAGAUUUCUCUAGAUAGAGGCAAAUCAUGGCGUCUCUCCGAGAUCGAAUAUGCAGAAGAUAAAUACCGCGACUUUGAUGGCGACCUGUUCGGCGGCAAGGUAGACAUGUGGUGGAGGGAAGCAUCUUUCUGCUGGUCUUUCUGGUCGUUGGAAGUCCCAGUGGCAGACCUAGAGACAAGCGAUGCAAUCCUAGUCCGUGCAGUGGAUGAGGCAUUGAGCGCUAUGCCGCGUGACAUGUACUGGUCUGUCUUGGGCAUGAUGAAUAACCCAUGGUUCAGAGUGGCAAUCACGAAACAGGGAAAUACAUUGAAAUUCGAGCAUCCUACACAUCCAGCCAAAGCAGGAGGGUGGAUGGAAAGAGUCAAGAAGACUGGCGGUGACUUGCUCAAUGGGAACUGGGGUGAACGGGUUGAAGGCGAGGAGCCCGUUGAACCGGAGCCUGUGAAGGAAAUAAACAUGAGGAAAGAUGGUGUGAACAGACAAAUCGACUUGCAAGAGUUGAAAGCCAAUAGCAGCAGCGAGAAGCCCUGGUUUGUUGUGAAUGGCGAAGUGUAUGAUGGUACAGGCUUCCUCGAAGGCCACCCCGGAGGAGCGAUCAGUAUUACAUCUUCUGCUGGUCUGGAUGUAUCAGUGGACUUCCUUGCAAUCCACAGCGAAACUGCCAAGGCAAUGAUGCCGGAUUACCAUAUCGGCACAUUAGACAAGGCAUCUCUCGAAGCGCUGAAGGACGAUUUAGCCGCGGGUUCCGAUGAGCCACGCGCGGUCUUCCUUCAGUCGCGAACAUGGACAAAAGCCACUCUCACAGAGAAGAGGGAUGUCUCCUGGGAUACACGAAUAUUCGUGUUCGACCUCGAAAAUGAGAAGCAGACUCUCGGCCUACCGAUCGGCCAGCAUCUGAUGAUCAAAGUACAAGAUCCAUCCAACAACGAAGCAGUCAUCAGAUCCUAUACGCCAAUGUCAGACACAAACCUGAUAGGCAAGAUGGAGUUACUCGUGAAGGUCUAUUUUCCAACAGAAAGCAUUCCAGGAGGAAGAAUGACCAUGGCUCUGGACAAGCUUCCCCUAGGCUCCGAGAUCGACUGCAAGGGCCCGACAGGCCGGUUUGAAUACCUCGGUAACGGCCGGGUUUCUAUCAGCGGCAAAGAGCGCCAGCUCCGUUCCUUCAAAAUGAUCUGUGGAGGAACGGGAAUCACACCAGUCUUCCAGGUUUUGCGGGCUGUUAUGCAAGACACGCAAGAUCCCACGAAGUGUGUUGUGCUGGACGGAAACAGGCAGGAGGAAGAUAUCUUGUGCCGUUCUGACCUUGAUGCUUACGUGGAGACUGAUGGUCGGAAAUGUACUGUCGUGCAUACGUUGACUAAAGGGUCUGAUGCCUGGACUGGUCGUCGGGGCCGCAUUUCUGAGGACCUCCUCGCGGAGUAUGCAGCUCCGGAAGAGCAGAGUAUGGUUCUGGUCUGUGGACCUGGGCCUAUGGAGAAGUCUGCUCGCAAAAUUCUCCUUGCGCAAGGUUGGGCUGAGUCGGAUCUUCACUUCUUCUAG